AUGUCGUAUCAGAUGCCCCCCCUUCGAUCCUUCCUUCUCCUGCAACUUAUCUCUGCCACCGUUGCCGAGAUCCACGGCAGCGCCUCCUUACAUGUUGCUCUCUCGAACUCGAGACUGCCUCAGCACUCUCGGCAGAAUCUGCCGAUGUACCUUGCUGAUGCUCGGCGGGGCAACAAAGCGCACGUGCUGCAAGAAUCCGGCCCCCUGGGAUCGAACCUCGAGCUGAUUUCCACUGCUCUGUACAACGCCAAGCAGGGAGUGGUGGACAUGAGCAGAAAGGUCAAGGAAACCGCAGACGCGUUUGGGUCCUUUGCUGUUGAGAAGACGCAGUUAUCGAUCGACCGCGCAGCAGAGUUGUACAAGCAGCAUCCCAAGGAGGCAGCAGCUGCCUCCCUCUCUCUAGUUGUUGCUACUGCCCUCCUCCACGCUCUUUGUCCGCACAAGAAGGAGGAGGAGGCGGUAAAGGCCCAGGCGUUUAGCUUGCAGGAUGCUCUCAAUCAAACGUCUCGGAUGAUCCAAGAAUGCACCACGACUGUCUGCAAACUCCUCUCGGACGCAGCGGCUGUCAUGGGCAAUCGGACUGAAGCAGCUCUGAACACAACGCAGGAGUGGUAUGAGAGCAAGGUGAAAGUCGGGGCCCAGGAGACGUUGGAUCUCUUGCAAGCUCUGUGGGCUGCUGCGAGCGAGACCGGGGGAGAAGCAGCCCAGACGAUCCUGCGGGAGUCCAAAAAUCUGACGAGCACCGGCGUCCAGCUGUCAAAGAACGUGUCAAAGUUGAUCUCAGCCAGUCUCCAGCAGUGCAAGUCGGCGACCGCCCGGCACGUUGAGGAGAUCAAGAGGGGAUCGCAGGUUUACUCCAUCCCCCACACGAUCAAGUCUGGGAGGCUGUCUAGCAAACGCGUCGUCCUUGACCUCGGGGAGGAGCGAAGGAUCGGAGGGCUGCUCAUCUCCAACAAGGCAUCGUCGUACAAGGACAAGCAGCAGGUCAAGGCUGGCACGAGAGACUUCCAGGUCCUCGUCAGCAACGACGGGAAGAAGUGGAGGGUCGCACACAAGGGAUGGUUGAAGCCGGGGCUUCCCUUCUGCUCGUCUCAGCUGGUCUCGUUCAAGAGUCAGUUGUGCAGUCUUCGGAAUGUUGACCUCAUGGUUGUAUGCGACCCGCCCUGUCGACUUCACUCAGGUUGUGCACUUUCUGGGGAGUCAGUCUUGGACUCCAAGUAUCCUGAAAUUUGGGGGGAAGUUGAGCUGCCAGUCGAAGAGUGGGAGCACAACGUGACGAGGUUCAUCGAGCGCCGCAGGAAGGAGCUGGAGAAUGUGUCGGUCGCAACUCUCCUGACCAUUCAGAACACGACCACCACCGCGCUGAAAUCGUCGAAAAGCAUCAGUCAGAAGUGGAGGUGGAAGGUAGUGGUAAUGGUUGUUGUAGGAGAGGAGGAGGAGGAGGGUGGGGAGGCGCUCGUGAAGUCGUGGCUGACGCUGGUGAUUAAGGUUAUCGACAAGUCCAAGUUAAUCGCCAAGAACGUGACCAGGGACAUCAAAUUCAUCGCAAACUCGACGGUCGCUUUGGCCAAUUCCACGGCAAGCCAAGUCAAGGCGUCGCUUGUCAAGGCCAAGAUGGCUGCCGGGGAGAUGCGAAAGAAGGUCGCUUCCUAUAUGCCGAGCAAGUUGAGCAUCUCUAAGUUGUUCUCAACCUACUCCUUCAACUUCACGAGAAUCAGAAGUAAGGAGGUCUACCGCACUUGCAACACCCUCCUCCUCGCCUCGUCAGCGCUUGUACAGUCCUCGGAUACUGAUCCUCAAGUACCUCCCGAGUCCGUGCAGUUUACGGGGCCGCUCAGUGCGGCGAUGCCGGGUUGCAGUCGGCAGCAGCUACUGACGGUCAAGUGA